AUGAUCCCGGAUAGGAGUACUAGCACAAAAAAGUAUGUUUUCCACACUGUCUCUUCCUCUCCCUCUCUCUCUUUCUCUCUCUCUCUUUCUUUUUCUCCUUUUCUUUAUCAUUUCUCUUUUCCUUCUUCCCCCUUCCUCCUCCUCCUCCUCCUAGUACCAGUACAAGAUCUCUUUUUUCUCUCUGUAUUUCUUACUAAAAACGUUUUCUUUCUUUUCCUUCUUUUCCACUUUUUGGUCCUUCUUUUCUUUUCUUUUCUAUCUGUUCAUAUCUAUCUAUCUAUCUAUCUAUCUAUCUAUCUAUCUAUCUAUCUAUCUAUCUAUCUAGUUUCUUUUCUUUUCUAUCUGUUCAUAUCUAUCUAUCUAUCUUCACUGAGCCGGGGUAAAGUCAAUUUCCCAUGCCUAAUUUCCUUCUAUGAGGAUUUCACAUUGUUUAACAAUCAACCUGCCCUUAUAAUGUUGAUCUAUCUUGCCACUGAGCCGGUGUAA